GACUGAGAUGCGCUGGCCCUAGCUGUCCUCUGGCAGCAUGUCUGGGGUGUCCGAGCCCCUGAGCCGGGUGAGGGUGGGCACCCUGCGCCGGCCCGACAUCCCCCCAGAGCCUGUGGUGGUAGUGCCUGUGGACGUGGAGAAGGAGGAUGUGCGGAUCCUCAAGGUCUGCUUCUACAGCAACAGCUUCAACCCUGGGAAGAACUUCAAGUUGGUCAAGUGCACUGUGCAGACAGAGAUCCAGGAGAUCAUCACCUCUAUCCUGCUAAGUGGGCGGAUUGGGCCCAACAUCCAGUUGACUGAGUGCUAUGGCCUGAGACUGAAACACAUGAAAUCUGAUGAGAUCCACUGGCUGCACCCUCAGCUGACGGUGGGAGAGGUGCAGGAGAAGUAUGAAUGUCUACACGUCGAAGCCGAAUGGAGGUAUGACCUGCAGAUCCGCUACUUACCAGAGGACUUCAUGGAGGCCCUGAAAGAAGAUAGAACCACGCUGCUUUACUUUUACCAACAGCUACGGAAUGACUACAUGCAACGCUAUGCCAGCAAGGUCAGUGAAGGCAUGGCACUCCAGCUGGGCUGUCUGGAGCUCAGGAGGUUUUUUAAAGACAUGCCCCACAAUGCCCUUGACAAGAAGUCCAACUUUGAGCUCCUGGAGAAGGAGGUGGGGCUGGACCUGUUUUUCCCAAAGCAGAUGCAGGAGAAUCUGAAGCCCAAACAGUUCCGAAAGAUGAUCCAGCAAACCUUUCAGCAGUAUGCCUCACUGAAGGAAGAAGAAUGUGUCAGGAAAUUUUUCAACACACUUGCCGGAUUCGCCAACAUUGACCAGGAGACCUAUCGCUGUGAACUCAUACAAGGGUGGAAUAUUACUGUAGACCUGGUCAUCGGACCCAAGGGCAUCCGCCAGCUGACCAGUCAAGAUGCAAAGCCCACCUGCCUGGCUGAGUUCAAGCAGAUAAAGUCCAUCAAGUGUACGUUGGUGGAAGAUGGACAAGCCCUACUCCAACUGGGCAUUGAAGGCGCGCCUCAGUCCUUGUCCAUCAAAACCUCCUCCCUGGCUGAGGCUGAGAAUAUGGCUGAUCUGAUUGAUGGUUAUUGCCGGAUACAGGGUGAACAUAAGGGUUCUCUCAUCGUUUGCCCCAAGAAAGGUGGGCAUGUUCUAACAGAUGGUGAGAAGCGGAACAGCCUGCCUCAGAUCCCUACCCUGCACUUUGGAGAGAGGAGAUCCCAGUUCUCAGAAAGCUGCAGCAUUGAGUCAGACAUUUAUGCAGAAAUUCCUGAUGAAACCCUGCGGAGGUCUGGAGGUUUGCAAUAUGGUGUUGCCCGGGAAGAUGUGGUUCUGGGCCGCAUCCUGGGGGAAGGCUUCUUUGGAGAAGUGUAUGAAGGUGUCUACCAGAACCAUAAAGGAGAGCGGAUCAAUGUGGCUGUGAAGACCUGUAAGAAGGACUGCACUUUUGAAAAUAAAGAGAAGUUCAUGAGUGAAGCAGUAUUAAUGAAGAAAUUGGAUCAUCCUCAUAUUGUGAAGCUGAUUGGUAUCAUUGAAGAGGAGCCCACAUGGAUUAUCAUGGAGCUGUACCCAUGUGGAGAGCUUGGACACUACCUGGAGCACAAUAAGAAUUCGCUAAAGGUGCUCACCCUCAUCUUGUAUUCGCUGCAGAUAUGCAAGGCCAUGGCUUACCUGGAGAGCAUCAGCUGUGUCCACAGGGACAUUGCAGUCAGGAACAUUUUGGUGGCUUCUCCUGAAUGUGUGAAACUUGGGGAUUUUGGUCUUUCUCGGUACAUUGAAGAUGAAGAGUAUUACAAAGCAUCUGUGACUCGCCUCCCAAUCAAAUGGAUGUCCCCUGAAUCCAUCAACUUCCGUCGGUUCACAACAGCCAGUGACGUUUGGAUGUUUGCUGUGUGCAUGUGGGAGAUCCUGAGUUUUGGAAAGCAGCCCUUCUUCUGGCUAGAGAACAAGGAUGUAAUUGGAGUGUUGGAGAAAGGGGACCGGCUACCCAAACCCGACCUCUGCCCUCCUGUCCUCUAUACUCUCAUGACUCGGUGCUGGGACUAUGACCCCAGUGACCGACCUCGCUUCACAGAACUUGUAUGCAGCCUUAGUGAUGUUUACCAGAUGGAGAAAGAGAUUGCUAAAGAACAAGAGAGAAAUACCCGCUACCGGACACCCAAAAUUUUGGAGCCCACAGCCUUCCAGGAUCCCCCACCCAAGGUAAGUCAGGCCACACUGCCUCUAGGAAAUAAAACACAGCCAGGCUCCUCUUUGGUUCUUAAAUAG